AUGACGACGAUUGAGGAGGCGGAGUCAUCUCCAGAGAGGCAUACCCCAGAGAGUUCCAGCCAGUCUGAUGAUGACGAAACGGGGGACAACCCUAAUGGUCGCUCGCUCAGUGGGAGGGUCUUAUCAUCUGGGAAGGCUCCAGGGUUGAAAGUGAUCCAGCGACCUUAUAGCUGUGAUGUAUGUGAGAAGAGUUUCACUCAAUCAGGAAACCUACGAAGACACCAAACGGUACACACAGGAGAGAAACCUUACAGUUGUGAUCAGUGUGGGAAAAGCUUUGCUCAACCAGGAGCCCUGACUAUUCACAAGCAUGUACACACAGGAGAGAAACCUUACAGCUGUGAUCAGUGUGGGAAAAGCUUUUCUCGUCCAGGAGCCCUGACUACUCACAAGCGUGUACACACUGGAGAGAAACCUUACAGCUGUGAUCAAUGUGAGAGGAGCUGCAGAGAUGCCACGGCCCUGAAUGAACACAUGCGUACACACACAGGAGAGAAACCUUUUCACUGCCAUGUCUGUGGAAUGAGUUUUUCUCGACAAAGCAACCUGAAUGUACACAUGCAUACACACACAGGAGAGAGGCCUUGCAUCUGUGAUCAAUGUGGGAAGAGCUUCACUCGGUCAACGGACCUGACCAAACACAGACUCAUUCACACCAGCGAGAAAUCCUACAGCUGUGACCAGUGUGGGAAGAGAUUCACUCAGUCAGGACUGCUGACUGAACACAAGAGAAAACACACUGGAGAGAAACCUUAUAGCUGUAAUCUAUGUGGGAAGAGAUUCGCUCAGUCAGGAAACCUGACGAGUCAUCAGAAAACCCACACAGGCGGAGAGAAAAACGAGGCGGGUGGACAGGGAACCCACACAGGAAAGAUACAGGAAGAAUCUACUGUGGCACCCAUGAGGCCCAGCCAGUCUGAUGAUGAUGAUGCUGCAGACUGCGAUGAAGAAUGGGACAUGGAAAACAAGGAUCGGUGUCUUAGCAACGGGAUGGAGGCGGAGUCAUCUCCAGAGAACCACACCCCAGAGCAGAGGCAGAGGGGUGACAUGUCUCUCCCACCCGCCUCCCCUCUCCCCGAGUCCCCAGGUCCUGCCUCUCCCACUGGCACAUUACUACUGGGUUUGAAGAGGGUGUCUGUGCGGCUGGUUGACUGCAGGAAAACACUGGGGCUGAGUGGAACUACGAGAGGAGGAGAAGAGAAGGGAUAUGGAGAUUCAGUUUCAAUGUUAUCAAGGGACAACCCUAACGGUCGCUCGCUCAGUGGGAGAGUCUUAUCAUCUGGGAAGGCUCCAGGGUUGAAAGUGAUCCAGCGACCUUAUAGCUGUGAUGUAUGUGAGAAGAGUUUCCCUCAUUUAGGAGAUCUAAAGAGACACCAGAGAAUACACACAGGAGAGAAACCAUAUGGCUGUGAUCAAUGUGGGAAGAGUUUUGCUCGAACUGAUUACCUGGCUGAACACAAGUUAACACACACUGGAGAGAAGCCUCAUAGUUGUGAUCAAUGUGGUAAGGGCUUCACUCGGCCUAACUGCUUGGCUGCACACAAGCUAACGCACACAGGAGAGAAGCCCUACCUCUGCUCAGACUGUGGGAAGAGCUUCUAUACACCAGCAAAGUUGAAAGAGCACGAGCGAUCACACACAGGAGAGAACCCUUACAAGUGUGGUCUGUGUGGGAAGAUCUUUGCUUGUUCAGGUUCCCUGACUAAACACAAGCGUGUACACACAGGAGAGAAACCUUACAGCUGUGAUCAGUGUGGGGAGAGCUUUUCUCGUUCAGGAGCCCUGACUAUUCACAAGCGUGUACACACAGGAGAGAAACCUUACAGCUGUGAUCAGUGUGGGGAGAGCUUUUCUCGUUCAGGAGCCCUGACUAUUCACAAGCGUAUACACACAGGAGAGAAACCUUACAGCUGUGAUCAAUGUGGGAAGAGCUGCAAAGAUGCCACAGCCCUGAAUGAACACAUGCGUACACACACAGGAGAGAAACCUUUUCGCUGCCAUGUUUGUGGAAUGAGUUUUUCUCGACGAAACACCCAGAAAGGACACAUGCGCAGACACACCGGUGAGAAGCCUUACAGCUGUGACCAAUGUGGGAAGAGAUUCGCUCAUCCAGGUGAUUUGAAAAUACACAUCAGAGUACACACCGGAGAGAAACCGUACAGCUGUGACCAGUGUGGGAAGAGAUUCACUCAGUCAACAAACCUGACUAAGCACAGACGUGUUCACUCUGGAGAGAAACCCUAAAGCUGUGCUCUAUAUUGUAUGAACUUCACUCAGUCAACAAACCUGACUAAGCACAGACGUGUUCACUCUGGAGAGAAACCCUAAAGCUGUGCUCUAUAUUGUAUGAACUUCACUCAGUCAACAAACCUGACUAAGCACAGACGUGUUCACUCUGGAGAGAAACCCUAAAGCUGUGCUCUAUAUUGUAUGAACUUCACUCAGUCAACAAACCUGACUAAGCACAGACGUGUUCACUCUGGAGAGAAGCCCUAAAGCUGUGAUGUAUGUGCGAUGAAUUUUAGCUUAUUUGUAUCUCAUUUCAUGGGCUCAUAUUGUCAAUUAAAUCAUGUAGAAUAUUUUAUAAUUGUUAUAAUAAAAGUUAGUUUUGAUUCUAUUCAAUUCAAAUUGAAUCCAUAUGUUAAUACA